AUGGCAUCCGCGGCAGACGAGUCAAAUAGUCAAAUACCCGGCGAAGAUGCCGAUGUCUUGUCUGAUUCGGAAGAGGAUGAGCGGCCUAAUCGGUGGCGCGGUCCUAGCACUACGUGGCGGGACUUCAAUAGCGAAGAAAUCGCUACGGCGACCGCGCUCAAAGAAAUUCAGAACAGGGAUCUAUCCGUGCACCUGUAUAAUGCGUUCGCGCUGAAGCAAAGAUACGGAAGAGCGAAGGAGGGGGUGGCGCUGGAUGGGCCGGUGGCUGGCAAGGAUAUAAAUGCCGCGACGGGACAGCUCGUCCAGCCAGACGAAUGGCUGCCCCAGCGGUCAUGGACGGCUUGGCCGAUGCGCGCGGAUAAGGUCCCGCCGGUACAGGAUAGCCGGAUGAACGACCCGGACGAGCGGUUUACCCUCAGAAAGCCCGUUCGCGAGAUGCCGAGUUCUGCACUAGAGGAGAUUAUCAGCGGCGAGAUCCUGAGGAAAGCAAGGGAGAAGUUUAAUGCUAGACCCUGGGCGAGGGCUGGCGCGUCUGACGAGGAGGCGGACGAUGAACCGGGUGAGGAUGAAGAAGAUGAAGAAGAGCAGUCGGAUGGAGAGACGGUGGCAUCGACGUCCGCAAGUGGUAAAUCCGGGUCGAAAAGCAGGUCGAGGUCAAGAUCGAAAUCUGUGAAGCGCGAAAACGCUAGUGGUGAUGAAAAGAUGGACGUUGAUGCACACCCAUCCGUAUCAAAACCACAAGAUGAGCCGGAUAAGAAACCUCGUUUGAAGCCGGCGGUAUCUACGGACGACGAUCUAUCGCACAGCCUCUUACGGCCGUCCGUACGACACAUACUCGCCCAACUGGACGCAACGCUUAUGGUUUUACAUAACGUGCAGGACUCCGCGCUCAACUACCAGUCCGACUCUAGCAACUCCGAAGCGUCGGAUUCUUCGCGGCGUAGUAGCCACAGCAGAGGCAGAGCAUCCAGACCACGCUCGCGCACUCCGGCCGCCGACGGUGUAAAGCGGUCUAAAGGCAGACCCUCGGGCCCUUCAUCCCGGACCAGAUCUCGCGCACGAUCAAGAAUGCGGGAGCCGACGCCGACGCCGUUAGCAACCGAGGAAGAAGGCGACGCGCCUAAGAAGCGCACCGGAAGGCCGAAGAAGACGUAUCCUCGCCUCGACGGCGAAACUGACAGGGAAUUCGCUAUUCGCAUCGCUAGGAUCCGCAAGCAACCUCUCCCCGUCUUCUCCGACGAGGAACCCGGCCCUGAACCAACUGCAGAUGGCCGUGGAAGGAGAAGAGGAAGAGCAGAAGCUAGAUCAAUAGACAGCAGCACCUCCAGCGACGCCGACGGCGACGGCGAAGAAACCGCCGGCCCCAGCACCACCGCGCGCCCGCAUCGACGCAAGCGCAAGCUCCCCGCGGAAAAAGAAGGAAAAGCCACUCGCACCCCCUCCUCAUCAUCCGCCUCCACCGCCGCGAGCAAAAGCAGCAGACGCCCGCGCAUCGGCCUACGCGACUGGCGCGACGUCCUCGGCGCCGCGGCGCUGUCGGGGUUCCCUCCCGCGGCCCUGGACCGCGCGGCGCGACGGUGCGCGGAUUUGUUCGCGCAGCGCGCUUCGCUGGUUACGCUUCCGGAAGUGCCUGCGUCUGCUUCUGCUUUGUCAGCGAGGAAGACGGCGGUGGGGAGGGAGGUUGUGUAUGGGCCUAGGAUGGGGUAUCCGCCUUUGCUGGAUCUGGAUGAGGAUGAAGAUGGGGGUGGGGAUGGGGACGAGGGUGGUGGAGGGGAGGGUAAUGGGGGGAGAAAGAUGAGAAUGGCGAUACGUACACGAGGGGGGAGUUUGGCGCCGAGGAGCGUUGUAUCCGGUGACGAGGAGGGGGACGAAGCUAGGCCCGAGGAAAGACGGACUCGGAGCCGGAGCGUCUCGCGGACUCGUGCGCGCAGCCGUCCGCGCUCGGCGUCCGCGCCAGGCUCGUUCGUGUGCGCGGUGAAAGACUGCCCGCGGGCCGCGGACGGGGAGGGGUUCGCGUGGCGGACGAACUUGCUCCGGCACCUGAAGCUCGUGCACGGCUGGGCUCCUCCGACUUCGACGACGUCGGGGUCGGAGGGAUUACCAGGUUUGGCGGGAGAGGAGAUGACGGCGGAGGAGGUGGAUAGCGAGGAUGAGAUGUACGGCGCGGUGCACGUCGAUGGGUUCCUUAAGCCGAUAAGGAUGAGGUCUGGCUGGAGGGCGGCGGAUUCGUGGAGGAGGGCUAGGAGGACUGGGUACGGGGGUGGGGUUGUGGAGGGGAGGGGGAGGAGUAGGAGUAGAGGGAGGAGUAAGGGGAGAGGUGGGAGCGAGGCGGAUUAUGAUGGGGAGGGCGAUGGGGAUGGGGAUGUGAGGAUGGGUGGGAGUGGGUUUGAUGGGUGA